AUGCCUCUUAUCAUCGUUACCGGUCAUCCGUCAUCCGGUAAAUCCACGAUUGUAGACCGUCUAGCGGAGAGAUUCAAAGAGAAAGGAAAAGAAUAUCAAAUUAUUCGCGACGAGUCUUACGGCGGUUUCGACCGCAAAAAUUAUGAAUUUGCGAAUAAAGAGAAAGACCUCCGCUCGUGGAUUCGAUCGGAAGUUCAGCAGAGUUUGACGAAGAAUAAAGUGAUAAUUUGUGACGGAUUAAAUUAUAUCAAAGGCUAUCGAUAUGAGCUGUUUUUGGCAGCGAAAAUGAGUAAAACGACGUAUUGCGUCAUCCAGUGCUCACCGUCGGCUGACACGUGUCACUGGUUGAAUGAGCAGAAACCGGAGAGUUCGAGAUAUUCAAAAGAGUUGAUUGAUCAGUUAUUGAUGAGAUAUGAACGGCCUGACACGAAGUUUCGAUGGGAAAAACCACUUUUUGAGGUGAAAAUCGGAAAAGCUGAGAAAGCGCUUCCCAGUGAAAUCGACGACGAUAUGACGGUAGAUUUGGAGUAUCCAGCGCCACGUUUCGCCAACAUUUUUGACGAGGAAAUUGUCGAGUGGAUCUGCAAUGGCACAGAACUAACGGAGAAUCAAUCGACCCAGACUGUCCCGCUGGCACCAACCAACUUCCUUCACGAACUCGAUCGAUCUACUCAAGACGUCGUCACAGUGAUUCUGAAUGCACAACGAACCGCCGUCCGUGGACAGAAUCUCACGAUUCCUGGAGCGACAGACGGCGCAAAUACGAUAAAAUUCAUGAAAUUGAGGACACUUCCCGAAUUGAAUCGAUUGAGACAUCAGUUUGUGAAUAUGUCGAAGAAGGAUCCGACGACGGAUAAAGAGAAGAUUAUCACCGGUUUUGUUGAUUUUUUGAAUUGUAAUUUGAGGUGA